AUUUGGAGUUAUCUCAAGCCUAAGGACGAGGAGGUGAGCGAGCUCUUGGCUGGAAUCACGUCCCCUUCAAAGCAGAGUCCAGAGGCAAUCGAACGGCGGAACAGCCAACUCACAUGGACAAGACAUUCGUGGAAGAAGAAUUCAUGAUGGCAGGUAUGGGGGGAACGAAUGGAAGCAACUCGAACAUGUUCGGCGCUUUCUCGAUGCCUCCGAACAAUGGAAUGGGCAAUGGCGGCGGCCUCAACAUGCCGAUGAACAUGGGUGCCAUGCAAAGCAUGAUGUACAUGGGAGUUCCUCAGAUGGCGUCGAUGUACAAUCCGUCCGCGUCGAACUCGGUGGACGAAUUGGGGUCGGCCGCCAUCGAGUUCCCGCCCGAAUUGGGCGGCGAUCCCCCAAAGUUGACGGCGUCGUCGUCGUUGAACAGCGGCGGCGCCAUGGAUCCUUCCGCGAUGAUGGGCAUGAACUCGAUGAUGGCGACCGGUAUGAAUCCGCACAUGUACUUGAACCCGGGAAUGCAGCAGAUGCAGUACAACCCCAUGUUCGGCGGGUACCCUCCGCAGAACCUCAACAUGAUGCAGCAGCAGCACCAGAUGAUGCAGCAGCAGCAAUAUUUACAGUUCAUGCAGCAAAACAUGAUCAACAUGAACAACAACCAGCAAGGAGGCAACAACUCGAACCCCGGCACGUCGACCUCGAACAACAACAUGAUGGCGAACCCGACUCCGCAAGCAACGCCGCCGCCGCCCGCGGCGCCUCCGUCCGCCAGUUCUGGAGCAACGACCAAUGCAGGUGGGAGCUGGCGGUCCCCGUCGGACGACCCGCAGCGCAAAGACGUGAUCGGGCGCAUCAUCCGAUUCCUUCAGAUGCAGAAGCCAAACGCGCCGCCCGACUGGAUACGGCGGUUGCCGCAGAUGGCGCGCAAGCUCGAAGAGGCACUGUACCGUAAAGCGAGCUCCAAGCCCGAGUACAACGACAUGAAUACGCUGCAGCAGCGGCUCCAUGUCGUAGCGCAGGAGUUCAAGAACAAAGACUGGCGGUCUGCCGACGACAACGGCAUCCGGCAGGACCUGAUCCACCGCAUCGUGAUGCUUCUGCGGGCUCAGAACCCCAACGCCACGCCCGACUGGAUCAACCGCCUGCCGCAUAUGGCCAAGAAGCUCGAAGAAAUGUUGUACCAGAAGGCCACAAGCAAGGCCGAGUACACGGACAACGCGCGGCUCAAGGAGCGGCUGCAGGUCGUGGCCACGGAAAUCCACAAGAAUAACCAGAAGAAGGCCGCCAAGGUGCCGCCAGACGCGCCGACUACGGCAUCAGCGUUGAAGAUGGAGGCGCUGGGUAUGCCGGCGGAGCUGCGCCAUCCAUUCCUCGACAUUGCGCGGGCCAUCGCAUCCUACUUGACGCCGCGCACGAUCACAGAGUACAACCAUAAAGUGCUCACGAUGAUCCAGAACAUUGGGCAGCACCGCGUGGUAUUGAUGCGGCAGCAGCAGCGACUGAUGCAGCUCAAGCAUGCGUGUGAGUGCCACGCCGACAAGUGCGCGCACCCAGCGUGCGCCGAGAUGAAACCCCUCUGGGCGCAUAUCCAGACGUGUCCGGAGAGCGAAAACUGCGCGACGCCGCACUGCGUCAGCUCCAAGUACGUUCUGGCGCACUACCAGCAGUGUAUGAAGAGCACGUGCGUCGUGUGUGCUUCGCUGAACCAGCCACCGCCACCUCAACAGCAGCAGCAGCAGCAGCUGAACCAUUUGCAGCAGCAGCAGCAGCAGCAAAUGCUCCAGCACCACCACCAGCUCCAGCAGUUCAAGCAGCAGCAGCAGCAGCAGCACCAGGCAGUCCUCGCCCAGCAAAACCAGCCGCUUCAGAUGCCCAGGGAACUCAAAGACGAACUUCAAGUGUCACCGUUUGCCUCGCACGCUAAACUCAUCAGCAGCACGUUACCGGAAAACAUCAUUCGCGACUACCAUCAAAAGGUAGACUUUAUGAUGAACGACUCGUCGCAGGCGCAGCACCAGUCGAUUCUGCACCGGCAGCAGCAGCGCCUGCUAGAGCUGCGCCACGCGAGCGAGUGCAAAGCCGACAAGUGCGCGCACCCAGCGUGCGCCGAGAUGAAGCCCCUCUGGACGCACGUGGUCACAUGCAGGCAAGCCGACACGUGUCCGACGCCGCACUGCGUGAGCUCCAAGUACGUUCUGGCGCACUACCAGCACUGUAUGAAACCCCACUGCGUCGUGUGUCUUCCCCUGCGCGAUGUAAAGAAGACGGAUGGCGGCGGCGGUGGUACGGCCGACAAGAUCCGGCAGUUUACAGACAAAGCCAAGGGCGCCGCGAAUAUGCUCACGACGCGGCAGAUCCAGGACUACCACGCCAAAGUGCUCGGGAUGAUGCACGUCAAGUGCGUGGCGCAGAACCAGACGAUCCUCGAGCGGCAGCAGCAGCGGCUUCUCCAUCUCCGCCAUGCGCUGUUUUGCCCCGCAGACAAGUGCGCGGCCGCCUACUGCGCCGAGAUGAAGAAGCUGUGGAGCCAUGUCAUGGGCUGCAAAAAGUCAGAGUCGUGUGCGUACGCGCACUGCUUGAGCUCCAAGUACGUGCUAUCGCAUUUCCAGCAGUGUACCAACCCCGCAUGUGUCGUGUGUGCGCUGGUGCGGGAUGCGCACGAGAUGGAAAAGGCCAUGGCCGAGGAUGCACGGGCUAAUAUGGACAAGAAGGACCAGCCGUUAGCGCCUGCAAAUCAGCCGGUGAAACGAGGGCUUGAGAGUACCGAAACCAAUCAACAACCGCCAAGCAAGAAGCAAGCACUUGCGGUGCCAUCACCUCCAGAGUCAUGUGGCACCAGAAGUGCCAAAGCAGACAACUCGCAGCAGCAACAUUCGAUGAUCGCGUGUCCGCCGGAACUGCUCAAGGAUGAACCGGAUGUGUUAAAGGACGACGAGUUUGCGUUCAUGCAAGAUAUUGACGAAGAGCUCGGGGGCGAAGUGUUGGAGUUUGACGAGUGGUAGGACGUAAGAACACACAUAAAUAUAGUACAAAACCAUACAAAGAUAUAUAUAUAUUAGUAUGUCAA